CUAUAUAUAAGGCGUAAGACAUGAAUUCAUGAAGCAUAGGAAACCUCGACAUGGCCGUCCUCAACUCUUCAACGCAAAUACUGUUCUCGCUUCCCGUCCUCAUCUCCUUUUCUCUGCUCAUAUCCAUUGCUAGUGCCGACGAAGAAAGAAAGGUUUACAUUGUGUACAUGGGAGAUUCGCCCUCUUCGGAUUACUCAGCACAGCCUCACCAUAAUCUACUAAAUCAAGUGCUUGAGGGCCUUUCUUCCACCAAGUCUUUGAUCCAUAGCUAUAGAAGCUUCAAUGGACUGGCAGCAAGACUUACUGCCAAAGAGAAAGAAAGAAUAGCUGGAAUCAAGGGUGUUGUUUCGGUAUUCCCAAGCAAAAACUUACAACCCAGCACGACGAGGUCAUGGGAUUUCUUAAGCUUCCCUGAGAGCGUGAAACGAAACUUGCCAAUGGAGAGAGAUGUCAUGGUUGGUGUGAUCGAUACUGGUAUCUGGCCGGAAUCUGCAUCUUUCAGGGACGAAGGAUUUGGACCUCCGCCGAGAAGAUGGAAGGGCGCCUGCGAGAACUUUAAAUGCAAUAAUAAAAUCAUCGGAGCACGCUACUUCAAUAGUUAUAAUGACACGACUCACGAAGCUUCUCCACGAGACUAUGAUGGUCAUGGCACCCACACUGCCUCAACCGUGGCAGGAAGAAGCGUGCGUAACGUCAGCCUAUACGGCCUUGCCGGAGGGAUGGCCAGAGGCGCGGUGCCUUCUGCUAGACUUGCGGUAUACAAAGUCUGCUGGCCGGCGGGGUGUGCGGGUGAAGACUUGUUGGCUGCCUUUGACCAUGCGAUCGCAGAUGGGGUGGACAUCAUCUCCAUCUCGAUCGGUAGUGAACGUGCGAGCGAUUACUUCGAGGAUCCGAUAGCUAUCGGUGCAUUCCACGCGAUGAAGAAGGGGAUUCUCACAUCAGCCUCUGGUGGCAACGAAGGGCGUAGUGGUCGUGGCACGGUAGGCAAUGUUGCGCCAUGGAUGCUUGUGUCAGCAGCAAGUAGCAUCGAUCGUCGCAUCAUAGACACAUUAGUUACCGGAGAUCGAAGGACCAUUGUGGGAGCUUCCAUCAACACAUUCCCUACACAAAGGAAAUCUUACCCCUUUAUAUACUUUGGAAAUGGGACAUUUCCACCGAGCAAUUGCACUCAACUGGACAAGAAUUUGGUGAAAGGCAAAAUAGUUUUGUGUGGAUCUCCUUCCGAUGGAUCGGGGCCUUUGCUUGCUGGGGCUGAAGGCGCGGUGAUGUUGGAUAAAAGGAUACUCGAUAGUUCAAGGACAUUUCCUCUCCCAGCUCUUCUAGUUGGCUACUCUCAAGGCAAGAAACUGAUGGAGUACAUAAGAAAGACCAAGAAUCCCGUAGCCAAUAUACACAAGAGUAAAACAGUGUUUGAUUCCAAAGCUCCGGUCGUUGCUUCCUUCUCAUCCAGAGGGCCCAACAUGAUCACACCCAACAUCUUGAAGCCUGAUAUAAGCGCUCCUGGAGUAGAGAUUUUGGCCGCCUGGUCACCCGAAGCCUCCAUGUCAAGCUACCCUAAUGACACGCGCUCUGUAAUGUACAACAUCAUAUCGGGAACUUCCAUGGCCUGCCCUCAUGUGACCGGCGCCGCCGCUUUCCUCAAGUCAUUCCACCCCGAGUGGUCUCCUGCUGCCAUCAUGUCUGCUCUAAUGACAACAGCCACCCCCAUGAAUCCUUCCCUGCAUCGAGAUGCAGAACUCGCGUACGGAGCCGGGCAACUCAAUCCAAUAAAGGCACUUGAUCCAGGUUUAGUGUAUGAUGCUUCGGAGAAGGACUACGUGCAGAUGUUGUGUGAUGAAGGUUACAAUGCAUCUACAAUAAGGCUUAUAACCGGAGAUAAUAGCAGCUGUUCAGGUGAUUCCACGAGAAGCACAAGUGAUCUGAACUACCCUUCUAUGGCUUUAUAUGUCAAACCGGCUGAGCAAGUCAGAGGAAAGUUCUCGAGGACAGUUACCAACGUUGGCGAUGCAAAUUCUACAUAUAAGGCAGUGAUCAAAACCGAUCCAAACAUUAAAGUGAGUCUGAGUCCCACGGUGUUGUCAUUUAAAAGAAGAUAUGGGAAACAACAGUUCAUGGUGAGAGUUUCUGGAGGACCAUUAGCGUUGAAUUCUCUCGCCUCAGCUGCCAUCACUUGGUCGGAUGGCAAGCACAGUGUGAGAAGUCCAAUCAGCAUCUUCACAGAUUUUACUGUUUAAUUCUAUGGCAGAUUCAUGAUUCUUGGGCAA